UGGGAUCAUGUGCUCUCUCCGAGCGGUGUCAGCGGCUUCAGGCCGUGGUUCUACUGUAUCUGCUGAGGAUUACAAGGUUAUUCUGCCCCAACUGCCAACUGGAAACGCUUCCCUGAACACUGUAUUUCUUCAUUGUGAUGUGUCUGCGAGGCCCUACCGAAUCAACGAUUUCGAAGAAGAAAUUGAGCGCCUACAAGUAGUCAAGGAUGUAGCGUCGAUCGGUGCCUACCAGAUGAAUCAUGUCUGGGCGCUAACGACAUAUUCCAUGGCCGCAAAACAAGUGCUCGUAGAUGCAAAGGAACUGCGCAUCAAAGGUAAAAGAUGCCUUGUCAUCGAUCCCAACGACAGUCAGGUGAGAGUCAAACUUCACUGGCUUCCUUACCAUAUCAGUGACGACGCCGUGCGAAAAGCGUUGGAACCAUAUGGGAAAAUUGAAGAAAUGAGUAUAGAAACGUGGCUGACUGGAAAAUUCAAGGGAGCGCAAACCUCAUCUAGGUCGGUGAUUUUGAGACUGAAACACGGAUUUACUGUCGAAUCGCUUCCGCAUCAGAUUCGUAUUCAGGGCAGCAACACUCUUGUAAUUGUGCCUGGACGACCACCCCUGUGUCUGAGAUGUAAGAAAUCGGGCCAUAUAAGAAAGGAUUGUCGUAUCCCGCGGUGUUCUGCAUGCCGCAAAUUUGGUCAUGAAGCUGACGACUGCAGUAAAACUUACGCUACCAUGACACGGGAAGACUGCGAGAACGACGACACAGAUGCGCCCAUGGACGAGGAUGAAGCUGUAGAAACUUUACAGCCUCGUAACAUUAAUCUUUCCUCGUGGGUGCCUGAGCCUGCAACACCAACCACGCAAAAAGAAGCUGAGGCCGACUCUCCAGUGAAGGCUGUAUCACCUGUUGUCUCUGUAACAACGGAUAAAAUCUCAGGGGAGCCCGGAGAAAAGUGCAGUGUAGUGUUUCAAGUUCCGUGCCCUUCAGUGCCUGUGGAGUCGCCGAUGGCGUCUAAAGUGAGCUACCCAGCAGAACCAGAACGCCCGGAGACGCCCGUGGCGUCUGACGACGCAAUAUCUGCGACAGAAGCAGAGAUUGAGGACUUAGGAGCGGAACGUCCCAAGACGCCAGCGGCGUCUGAAGCCCCGUACCUUCCAACGGAAGCGGAGACGCCAGAGGCGUACCAUUCCCUGGAGUCUGAGCCGGAGGACGCAAGCAAUAGGGCUACAAGGAUGCCUGAGCUUGGUUCGGACGAGGAUGAAGGCACAUCAGGAAGCAUUACAGAGAUGAGAAGCAUGGUGCAAAAAGUAAAAUCGAAAGCAGCCAUGAAGAGGAACCGUGUUACCACGGCUCCUCGGAUACCGCCCGUAGAAAAACGUCACAAGCGCUCCUUGUGA